AUGAGUGAGUUAAAUUCAAUGGAGAUUGACAUGAGCGAAACCAUUCAGGACAUUGCAAUGAAAUUGGUUGCCGAGCAGAAGAAAAAUGAAACCAGUCUGACAACUGGUCCCAGCGAGCGGACUAUAUUUGUGCUGGGAAGCAAAGGAGCGGGUAAAUCCACACUUAUAAAUAAAUUUCUAGAUCGAGAUGACUCUACUCGGCCUACGUUAGCGCUGGAGUAUUCAUUCGGACGAAAAACUGCUGCCGGUCAGGGAGCACAAAAAAAUGUUUGCAACGUAUGGGAGCUGGGCAGCUUGGCUAAUUCCAGCCAGCUUAUAGAAGUUCCCGUGCGAUCGAGUGUUUUGAAUACAUUCUCAGCAGUUAUUGUUCUGGAUCUGUCUCAACCAGACCGUCUCUGGACGGACCUUGAGUGUGCUCUAAAUGGGGUAAAACAAGCUGUCAAUAAGCACUGUACAUCGAAUGACAUCACCAAAAUGCUAGACUUCAUGAAGCAACGUAUUGGUGUUGACCACGACGACUUGAACACCUUGGAAAUAGUACCUUUUCCGGUAUUGAUUAUUGGUGGAAAGUAUGAUUUGUUUCAAAAUUUGGACACCGAAAUUAGAAAGCAUGUGUGUCGAUGCCUGCGUUCCGUAACUCAUGCGAUAGGUGCCGCUCUAAUAUUUUAUUCGACAAAAAAUGCUUCCCUCUCGAAGAUAGUUCGUGACACAAUGAAUCAUCUGGGAUUCGGGAGCCCCUCGAAUCCAAUCAAAACAACGGCCACGGACCAUAAUGGACCGAUCGUGGUUCCGUACGGUGGGGAUUCGUGGGAACGAAUUGGAGUAACGCCAACCAACUCGGAGCGGAUCGGACUGAAUUACAGUGCCGAAAUUCCCCAGGUCGGCAUGGAGCGCGCCGUACUGCCGGAUGAUCCGGCGAAAGACGCUGGCUUUCAAGAGCGAGAAAUCGAUGAACUGCGAGCCCAACGGGAUGAAGAGCUGAUGCGUUUUCUGAAGGAUACCGAAAUUCGGAUGAAGUUUGAAACGGUCCAGUAA